AUGUCAAUGUUGUUGUCAUCGAUGGCCGGAUCAAAGUUUCAAUACGACGAGAGCGGCGGCACAUUCUUCUACUUCUUGUUGUCCUUCUUGGCUCUGGUAGUGAUUCCCUGCACUUACUAUUUCUGGCCUAAAGACCGCAAGAAAGAAGACAAUAAGAGGGACCGAAAACAAUGUCAUUGCGAACAAUGCGCACAGAAAGAGCAUUAUCUUAGAAAUCGGGAACCGCUUCGUAAAGUCAAGCGACGAGUCAUUAAAUUUCUGCUAAUCCUUGGAUGGAUAGCGCUGUUCGCGUGCGCCUACAAAGUGGCACAUCUGACCAAUGAUUAUAUCAAUUGGGAUCCGUUUGAAAUCUUACAGAUCGAUCCG